AUAUAGUACACAAAUAUAAUAUCUAAAAAAUGCGAACACUGGUUCUAUUGCGGACCAGCGUGUGAAUUGUCAAAAUAUAAGAAGAUGCGAUGCUCGGAUUUCACCGCAGCUAGCUCGGUAGAAGAAAUUUUAACAGUUAUAUACGUUCUCUGCUAUCGUUGACCCAGCUGAAAUCCAGAUAACAUGCAUAACUCUUCAUUACACAAUCAAUUCUUAUUUGAUUUACGAAUAUCCGGUUAUUUUAAAUAUUUUUGGAUAUUUUUAUCACUGACUUUUCAAAAUUUUGCUAGAUAAAGCGUUUUUGAAAACUCUUUUAUGUAAAGUUUGAGUUCAGUAUUGAUAUUGCCAACAUAUUACUACCAUUGCGAUAUUUUCGAAGACUUUUUAGGGUCUAAAGAUUUUAAAAUUACAUAUACAUAUAAUAGGAUAUUCAAAUAUAAGGAGUUUUAGCAGAGAAUGUUAACAUUCUCUGGGUUAAGUUUCGCUUUUUCUGGUAUUGAAAUAUUCUAUUUGAUGUAUAUAUGUGAAUGCGGAUUUCUCCUUUAUGCUCCUGUUAAAAAAUACGAAAUAAUUAAUUUUCUUACAAGACUUUGAACUAAGUAAGUAGCUUUUAUUUUUAGAUAAUAUUAUUUUGGGAAUUAAAAUAUAAUUUUUUUGUAAUUCAUAAUUAAUUUGACCUGUUGAGACUAAAUACUCAUUUUCAAUAACUAUGUUCAUAUAUAUAUGUAUAUAAUAUUAAAGCGUUGUAAAUUUUUCUAAUUUUAAAAUUCUCUAAUUUUAAACAUAACCUUUAUAAUAUUGAAGCGCUGUAAAUUUUCCCAUUUUAAAAUUUUCUAAUUUUAAAUCGCUUAAAAUACGAUUGUUUCAUAUGUACCGUUAUUAGUAAGUAUAUUUAGAACGCUUUCACUUUAAUCAUAGACUCGCAAAUUAUUAAAUAGCCGGAAAUUACCGCAACCCAACAUUGGUUGUACAUUUAAAAAUACCGUUUUGUGUGACAUAGCUUAUCUAAGCAUACAAGUAUAUGUAUAUGUAUAUUUACAAACGCUAUGUAUAAAGCUAUAUCUUGAUUUGCGGCUUAACAUACCACACAUAUGCACGUAUUAAAGCACAUAUCAAUGUUGCCUUUGUAGGCAUAUCUCUAGUACGGCGUCUAUUAAAAUGGCAGACAAACAUGGCAGCGUAUUCUGUUAUACAAAUGGUAUUUCCUUGUUUGACUAACCAUACAAUCCAUACGCACACACACUUAAACGUUGUGUGAGUAAGGCAGUUGUGAAAGAGGUAUGACGAAAACAAACCACACAUACUGUUUGUGUAUGUACAGAUACGUGUACUCAUAACGCCAUAGCAGAAAAAUGUUGCGCAUACGCCACGUUGAACCUUCGCGUUAAGUACAGAAUAACAGAGAGAACGAACCGCAUUUUGUAUUUACAUUCCCAUAAGAGCGCUGUUAUAAGGGGUGGGUGGCGCAUGGUGGAAGUAGCUGUUUUUUUAACGCUAGCUAAUAUAGAGUCAGCUCGUAAACUUAGUGUGAAGAUGCUUGUUAUAUGUAUAUAGUACAUAUGUAUGUUUAUGUUGUGCAUGGCAGCUGUUGGAAUGAUGGAAUGAAAGUUUUGUGAGUUUAUUGGCAUAGGUUAGGGGUUUGAGAUGCUGCUGAAACAGUGAUGUUAAACUUUGGGAGAGCUGUGUAUUGUCGCUGCAGGAUAACAAGUAUUUGUUUGGUAUAAAUAGCAUAGACAUUUGGGCGGAACGUGUAUUAACAUUUAAAGACUGCGACGUAGCUGAGCUGUGCAAAGGAUAAGGAAAAUAUAUUAAAAAUAUACUCUUAACAACAUAUUAUAUUUAUAUUUAUUCAUUGAUAUUUAAGAAAGAGUGUUAGAAAGUAGAAAAAGUGUGUUAAAAUAUUGUUCGAAUUAAAAAUAUAUACAAUUUUAAGUGUGGGCAUAUAAGAAAAUGAAGCAUUAUACUGCUAUUAAUCGUCUAGUUUCUGUAAGAAAAUCAUAGAAUUUCAAUACAAAAGCAUUGUUGUAGCGCAAGCAAUUUCAAAGCAGCAGCUAAUUGAAAAGUGUAUCGUAAUCUGUUUGAAUAAAACAAAUUGCAUAUACAUUUAGUAAGACUGCACGAUAAAGCAAUAACAGCAAAGUUAUAAACAAGAAUAAACAACGCGUCGCAGCCUGCAAAUAUAUACACACGAUUAGCACUAGAAAUGGAGGGAUAUCAGGAUAUGAGCGAGCUGGAAAAGUCGGUCGCGCACGCAGGCACCCAACUCUAUACGGUGGCACACAAAUUGCACGAAGUCGAAACGACAUUGGAUCACACUAGCAGCCUGGAUGAUGUUGAUGGCGUUUGUGUCAUGGAACUGCUCGAGUCCAUGGAGGAGGUCAAGGCGGAAUAUCAUCAUCUGGUACAAAAUAUACGUGAGGUGCAUCAGUUGCAACGUGACGUCACCACAUCGAUACGCUUUCAAAUGCGCAACAUGCAGCAGACAUUCGAAUCGCUUAAGAAACGCAUCGAAUUGCGCGUUACGCAAAAUUGAAAAACAUACGCUGAGGGCUGUGGCAUACUUGUAGGUGCUGGAAAAAAAUAAGUAUAAUAUGUAAGACGAAAAUUUAUGGCGAUGAGGCGUAAGAAUUAAAUAUACAUAUUUCUUAAUUAGUCUUAUUUAUAUUUUUGAAUGAGAAUUAAAUAUUUCAUAAGUAGUCUGAUUUAAAUUGUUUAAAUACUUAUAGAGUGAGAUUAAUAUGUUGCAAUUCUACACGGUAAAAUUAAAUAUAAGCAACGCAUUUGUGACCAACAUUUGCACAACUUUCUGUUUAAAUAUGCAAAAUAAUUUCUAGUUACUUCUAUUUGUUUUAAAUCACAUUCAAAUGUUGAGAAACGUCAAACAAGCUGAUCUGUCAACUUUAUUUACACUGUUGCCAAGCAAAUUAAACAAUUAUUUAUCUUUUAACCAAAAAGAAUGAAAAUUAAUUUUGAAAUAUUUGCAAGAAAAUUAUUUCUUAGCAUUUGGUAUUACAAUUUUAUGUAAUAUCAUAUAUUUGUUGAGUAAUGAUUCAUUUUUGUGAAUUGGCAAAAAAAUUUCUUAACGUUGCUACAUACAACCAGAGUUACAAGAGUAAUAAAGUUUCUAUUCAAAAAUUUUGUGUUAGAUAUUAAAUUCUGAUUUUUGACAAGGAUAAAAUUUUAAAAUUUAAUUAAUACCAAUUAAAAAUGCUCCUAAAACCAGAAUUAACAAUUAAAUAUCUUAUCUUUUAAUUCGGUUUUCUAAGACGUUUGAAAAAAAAAAAUUUUUUUUUUUAUUUAAUAAUAAAAACAUCUUAGAUUAAAAUUAAGAAAAUAUUUUAUAACUACAAAUUGGAGUAACAAAUUAAAAAAUUAUUUUUUCUAAUUAAAAGCUGGAAUGAAAAGUGAUAAAAAGGAAAUACUUACCAAUUUUUAACUGAAACACUAUAAUUAAAAAUAAUUAAAUAUAAAUAAAACAAACUAAACUAUAUUAAAUUUUUAUUCAAAAUAAGCUUUCCGUUUAAUAACAGCAAAAUGAUGGAAUACUAACUACGCAAUAAUAACAAAUAAUUUUUUUUUUUAAUUUUUAAUUAUAAGCUAGGGAUUAACUCUUUUCCAAUCCGGUAUGUGGGACUAAAUAUUAAUUUUUAUUCCGGUUGAAUUUUUUUAAUCCGGAAAUCGAGGUUAAAAGUUUAAACAUUAUUUUAAUUAAGAUUGUCGGAAUUACAAAAUAAAUAAAAAAUAAUUCAAAUGUUCCUUACACUGAUGAACGUAGCAAAGCAAUUGCUAAAUUUAAAAGUUUUAAAUUGUCUUAGUUCAUUUAGUUUCGAACAAGAUACUUAUUUAAAUCAAUUUAUACAGAAGAAAAGCUUUUGCGAAUAUUUAUUUGAGAUAAUUCACCAAUUUGUGUUUGUUUACUUUUUUGACAAUCAGCUGUUUAUUAAUAAGCAGUAUUGGACUCACAUAUAGAAUUUGCUUUUAUAAAAGUUUUUUUUUAAUAAUGCCUAACCAGGUUUGCAAAUAAUGCCCUAAAAAAAUGAAUUCGAAUGUAAAUUCAAUUAAGUUUUUUCCUUUCGCAAUCCCGAAAAUCUUUUUUAAAUAUUUAGUCCCAAACACCAGAAUGAAAAAAUAAAAAAACUUUAAUACCAAAAAUCGGAUUAAUAUCAAAAUUUUUUAAUCAAAAAAUUCGCAACUUCAAGCUUAACAUUAAGUCUUAAAACUUAAAAAACCUCUAUUUAUAAUAUUUAUUAUUAUUAUUAUCAUUAUUAAAAAAAUUACUACUUUAUUAAUACAUAUACAAUAUAUAUAUGCCUAAUUAAUUUUGCAACUUCCACACCCUGUAUCCAAACACUUACAUGCCUCACUGGGUCACGUUUAACUCUGUUUUAAAUUCAGGUAAACUGCCCGCUAGGUAGAAUGCACUACUAUGGUAUGUGCGAACAUAGCUGAGCGAAUGCAUUGGUAUUGUAGGUAUGUAUUAUUUCCGCGCAAAAUUUGCAAACGUCAUUGUUGGGUGACUAGAUUUUAAGAUACAAGGACAAAUAGUAAAAUGCAUGUACUAUGUACAUAUGUAAAUGUGCCGGAUUAUGCACUAAAAAGGAUAAGUGGCCUAGAUGAUAUUUAAAAUAGGAAAUGUGCCUAGUAAUUUGGGUGUCCGUAAGAUAUUUCAUUAUUGUUUCGAACUAUUUUAUUUUAUGCUGUGCUAUGCGUACACUUAUAAAACCUCCAAGCUGGCUAAAAUGCUACACAAGGAUUUCUUUUCUAUGCAAACUAUUUAUACAUAAGAAAAUACAUAUAUAUGUCUGAAGAAGAGAUGCGCGUAAAAUAUGUUGUAGAACCAUACGGCGGAUAUUUUUUUUGUAUUUAUUUGAAAAAUUACUUAUUUGCCAACGACAGCAGAUACCAUUUUAUUUAAGGCAGUUAUUAUAAUCAUUGACGUUUAUCUCAUUCUCGAAUUCAUGGAAAUUACAUUCAUUCAUUCAAGCGAAUUCUUGGAAAAAUACAUAAAAUGUCAUUUUAUUACAGAAAUUAAGUUGUCCAGAUUAAGAGUCAAUUUAAUAAAAGCAGAUGAGCUUUUGUAAACAUUUUUACUUAGGGUUAGGUGUACUCAGAUACAUGAAAAAAUUACAAUUUGAACAAUUUUCUUUUUUGCGAGAAAAUUAGUUUAUUUUAUAAAACUAACAACAUAGCAUCAUUAAAUGAAGUUUCGACUUUACUUAACAACUUAACAGAAAUUAAAAAAAAAUAUAAAUAUCAUAUAUGUUUUUGUUGAUCCCAUUCCAACGGAAUUUCUUUGCGGUAACCAUCACUAAUCUUUGGAUAGUCAUUUAAAAUCAAUAGGAAAA